GAGAGUAAAACACACUGACGUAGUUAGAACACGGAGAGCACGUCUACGCUGUUAGCUUCGUGUGCUAACUGUAGUUUAUUUGAAAGGAGGAGGACGAAAAGAGACACCGCGGAGCUUUUCUUUGAGGAAAAAAAUGUUAUCGAACACGGCUUUUACCGAGUGAGAGUUGUGUUAUGGAGUGUUCAGUUAGUUAGUUAGCUCGCUAGCACAGUGAUGCUAGCUAGCGUCUCUGAAGAAACAGCCAGCGAUGACUGACAGCGACUUCUAUGGAUACAUAUCUGUCCGUGCAGGUGUUUAAAGCGCUGCCAAACACUGGUUCGUCUUCGGAAAAGGUCCCACUACCCCGCAGACUGUCAUGGACAAGGUGAAAUCACUCAGUUUUAGCAAUGAUGAGGAUGAAGAGCUGCUCUCCACUGAUCCAGAGAGUAAAGAGAAGAGCAAAGACAAAAAAACACUGUGCAAAGUAAAGUGGUCCAGAGAUGAGGACGACAAGCUGAAAAAGCUUGUCGAGCAGCAUGGGACAGAUUCCUGGAAAUUAAUUGCCACAUUUCUCCCUGGGAGGACAGAUGGCCAGUGUCAGCACCGCUGGCAGAAGGUGCUCAACCCAGAGCUGGUGAAAGGACCCUGGACAAAAGAGGAGGAUCAAAAGGUUAUUGACCUCGUACACAAGUAUGGCCCCAAACGUUGGUCGGUGAUUGCAAAGCAUCUCCAGGGGAGGAUCGGAAAGCAGUGCCGCGAAAGGUGGCACAAUCAUCUCAACCCAGAGGUGAAAAAGUCUUCAUGGACUCAAGAAGAGGAUCGAAUCAUCUACGAGGCCCACAAACGUCUGGGCAACCGCUGGGCAGAGAUCUCCAAGCUUCUUCCUGGACGGACGGAUAACUCCAUCAAGAACCACUGGAACUCAACCAUGAGGAGGAAGGUGGAGCAUGAGGGCUACCUGCAAGAAGACGGCAAGACUUUGACAUCCACACAUACAGGAGGAAAGAGACGCCAUCACAGGCUGUGUCCCCCAACAACAAUAGCAGAGCCUCAGAGCUGUGAUCACAGUCCGCCAUCGAUACCAGGACCCAGCCAGCUGGGAGGAUUCUCGUAUGAUCCUCACAGUGGACACAUGAUGGACAGUCUCCCUGAAAACUCGGGCUUCAUACCACCAUCCUGCCUGGAUGAUCCUGACAGAGAGCAAAGAAUUAAGGAGCUUGAGCUGCUGCUUAUGUCAGCAGAGAAUGAAGUCCACCGACAAGUGCAGUGCAGAGGUCCCUAUAGCUUGGAGCCGUACUCAGUUUGGUCAGACAGUGUGUCAGAAGAUACAUUAACCACAAGUAGCAGCAGCCUGGAAGAGCAGGCUGAGAGAAGGCCCUGGAGCAGCCCUGAGCUUCCUCCCGCUCCGACACAGCUUCCUGUCUCUCCCAGUAAAUUCCUGGCCGUGGAAGCCAGCACGGUUCUCUCCACCCUGCAGACCAUACCGGAGUUUGCGGAAACCAUGGAGCUCAUCGACUCUAUGUGUUUUGCUCUGCAGGACCCUGUCAUGUGGAGCGAUAUGGCCAGUUUCGACCUGUCGGAGGCAGCUACGCCACCGAGACACAAUCUGGCAGGCUACAACACUCUCCUGCAAGAGAGGACGGAGGACAGUUCCAUGGGCUACACAUUCAACAAUUCCACUGCCGUUUCAGGCCAAGAGAAAAACUGUACCUCAUUUGGUCUGGCCAGUGUCACCGCCCUGACUCCCAUCAACUCCUCCAAACCCUCCCAGACAAACACAGGGAGGAGACGGAGGAGAGAAAGGGGGGAGCCCUCCCCUCUGAGUGAAAGAACCUGUUCCUCUUUUUUGGAAAAUAAUCCAAAUUCUCCAAAGAAAACACCCACAAAAUCACUGCCGUUCACCCCAUCACGAUUCUGCAACCUGGAUAACCCUGCCCUCACCUCAACUCCCGUGUGUGGCCAAAGGUGUCUCCUUUACACACCGCUCCACAAAGAAACCACACCUAAGCACCAGAAAGAGAAUGAUGGCUCACGGACACCCAAAUUCCGUAAAACUGUAAUGAUUCCAACACCAAGGACACCGACGCCUUUCAAAAAUGCUUUGGCUGCCCAGGAGAAAAUGCACGGCCCCCUGAAGAUAGAGCCUCAGUCGUUGGCGUUGCUCGAAGAGGACAUUCGCGAAGUUCUGAAGCAGGAGACUGGAGCAGACAUCUUCCACAGAGCUGACGUCCAACCUGACUACAGAGCAUGGAAACACAAUAUGGAUGGCCCUGCAAGAAAAGUGCGCAAAUCCCUUGUUCUUGACCCAUGGGCUAAAGACGGCCUCAACGUCCAACUCUUCCAAGAGCAGCUCAACAACACGGAAAAACCAGAGGAAAAUCUCCUGACGAGCUCCUCAUUGAUCAGCCCAAUCCCCGAGCAAGAGGAGUGCAGCCACCCUUUGACAUCUGCGAGAGAGGAAUCCUCAGUCCUCCCCAUCGAACAACCCCAUCGCUUUACCAGCCUGUGUGUGAAGAAGCUCCCUGCCUCGAAAGCACCAAAGCACGCUACUGUACAGGUGAGUGAGUGGGAAGCAGUGGUUUAUGGGAAGACCGAGGACCAGCUGAUUAUGACGGAACAGGCCCGUCAAUACCUGAACCCUUACCCGUCAUCUGGCUCUACCUCAAGGGCCCUUGUGCUUUAAAGCCGUGUCCCCAUCCCCCGCUGCACUGGUAACACUACUUACCCCGUCCAUCAUCCAUCCAACAACUAAAACCUCCACUGAAUCCCGUAAGAGACAAUCCAGUGAAGACAAAUGAUUUUAUUUUUAUUUUCGAUGCAGAAAUGCACUGCCAAGUUUCAUCCACAAAAACAGUACAGCUGCUUUUUGUGGUAUUAUUUCACACAGUAAAAUCACUGCCUGAGGUUUUGGCCUGUACUCUCACCUAGCUACAUGAGCAUUUCUGUACAAACAUGAAGGAAAAAGGCUAGAUUGUUUUGUUUUCUGCACUAGUUAGUGAUGUUGAAACUACCUGCACAUACAAUAGGCUGUUAGAGAAUAGUGUUUAUUAUUAGCAGCGGCUGCUUCCGAGUUUUAUAUCGUUAAUAUAUUGUUUUAAAUAACAAGAUUUUAUGACUCACUGUGUGUCGACAUGUUAAACUGCCCCUGUUUGCUGUUGCAUCUAUAGCCUUUUAUUUUUAACACACAGACACAUACAGUAGAGAAUAUAAUGACACAAUAAUGAAGGUACACGUCUUUAUGGACAGCAGUGUUAUUGCUGAGUACUAUAUCAUGGUGGUGUGAAGGUUUUUUUUGGGGGGGAUGGAGAUGGGAAGCUGUCGUCAGUAUUGCACUACUAAGUUGAUUUUCUUUGCUGCUGAGAAAAGAGCAGUGAGUUUAAGGGCAAACUGGAUAGCACUUGUAAUGAUAUCUUUCUUUUUUAUUAUUAUUUUCUAAAAACAAAACAUUUCCUUUCCAAGGCCAUAAUGUCCGUCGAGACAUGGGUUGAAUGUAUUUCAUUGCAAUGUAACGUGUGAGAACCUCAAGAAUGGAAAAGGUACCUUUUUAUUAUGUUUAUUUCUGUUUUUUUUUUUUUAUUUAUUAUUGGACAGCUCGAAAGCUUAGAUAUUAAUAUAAAUCAGAUACCAUGAGGGUUUUUUCUUUCUUAAAGAAGUUUAACUUUAACUGACACAGCAGCCUCAAAGUAACCUAUCAACCUAAAAGUCUGUAAUGGGAAAAAAAAAUUAAUGGCCACCAUUGUUUUUGGUCACUUAGUGGCCAGUUUUCACAUCAUCAUCAGUGUUCAAUAACAGGCAAGAAGGAUUUACAUUUUUAUG